ACUUCACUGAUCUCGUGGUGGCGAGCUGGACGAGUGUUGAGCAGCUCGGAUCGUCGAGCGCGAUGAGCUCCAUACCACCCUUUAUCAAAGAUUCUGGCUCGUCCUUCAACUACGAACGUCAAUGUGACAAGGGUGGUUCUGAUAAAUCGCUUGCGAGUUGUCGCAUUCUACGUAAAGGUUUAGGAACGAGUAUCUGGUUCGUCCAGUUUUACUGGCCGUUCGGUGAUGAGCGCGUCACGACCACACGGAUUGACCUGUGUAAUGCUUGGGUGACGUUGUAUAAUGAACGAACGAGACUUUGGAGUAUACAUGAAGCAUGUGUGGAAGUGCAUCAACGGAAAUUUUGGAGGAAAGACUGUACGAGUGAGCAGAUCGACGAGUUGAAAGGGAUGUUGGCAGUGGCUUCCUGGUUGUUCCACGAGCUCGAUACGUUUAUCACGCUCCUUGACAAAUUUCAAUCGCAAACGCGUAUACCUGUAUUCCUUCUCCCCGUUCCACCUCAUCAUUCACCCCUCGAACUCGGCUCCAGCCCUUAUAGGACCAAACCAAAGACAUUGUCGCAUGAGCUUUCGACACUUCCCUUGUUGAUAGUGUAUCAAUUGGAUCAGAUCCAAAGUUACACGAGGCGUAUGCCUGGAUGGUAUGAAGGCGUGAGGAAAUUGUUCCCCCCGACGUGGAGAGAAGGCGUGGGUCUACCGAUCAUCGAAACAAAUUGGAGUAGAUGGGUAAAGGAACAAAGAAGGAUAGAAGAGGAGUCACGUCGACAACCUUCAUCUGAACAGAAGAAGAAGAGCUUCCUAGGUAUCAAGUUUUCGAAAGGGUCGCCAUCUGCAUCCUCCUCCUCCUCCUCUUCCUCGAUGCCUGUCCAGAGAGCCUCAUCACCGAUAGGAAGCAUCAUGGAACGAGGCAAAGGCAAGCCUCCACCAUAUACCCCAUAAUACUGUAUACAUAUGGAAUAACGCCACUGCCACUAGCGUUGUAGCAUCUGAAAGUUGUCCCGUUGUAUGUCUACCUGUCCCACUACACACGCAUAU